UCCUGCGCCGCGUCCAGCCCGCCCGCCCGACCCCGGCCCGACCCCGGCCGGCCCCGCCCGCCCGGCCCCGGGGAGGGAUGCGGCGGCGCGGCGCCCAGGAUGCCCCGCAGCCCCGGGACGCGCCUCAAACCCGCCAAGUACAUCCCGGUGGCCACGGCCGCCGCGCUGCUGGUCGGCUCCAGCACCCUGUUCUUCGUGUUCACGUGCCCGUGGUUGACACGAGCUGUGUCCCCAGCCGUUCCUGUCUACAAUGGCAUCAUCUUCCUCUUUGUCCUGGCCAACUUCAGCAUGGCCACCUUCAUGGACCCUGGCGUCUUCCCCCGAGCGGAUGAGGACGAGGACAAGGAGGACGACUUCCGAGCCCCGCUGUACAAGAACGUGGAUGUGCGAGGCAUCCAGGUCCGCAUGAAGUGGUGCGCCACGUGCCACUUCUACCGCCCGCCACGCUGUUCCCACUGCAGCGUCUGUGACAACUGCGUAGAGGACUUUGACCACCACUGCCCCUGGGUCAACAACUGCAUCGGGCGCCGCAACUACCGCUACUUCUUCCUGUUCCUGCUGUCGCUCAGCGCACACAUGGUGGGCGUCGUAGCCUUUGGCCUGGUCUACGUGCUGAACCAUGCAGAGGGGCUGGGCGCUGCUCACACGACCAUCACCAUGGCUGUCAUGUGUGUGGCCGGCCUCUUCUUCAUUCCUGUCAUCGGCCUAACGGGCUUUCACGUGGUGCUGGUCACUCGCGGGCGCACCACCAACGAGCAGGUGACGGGGAAGUUCCGCGGGGGCGUGAACCCCUUCACCCGAGGCUGCUGUGGGAACGUGGAGCAUGUGCUGUGCAGCCCCCUGGCGCCCCGAUACGUAGUGGAGCCACCCCGGCUGCCACUUGCUGUAAGCCUACAGCCGCCCUUCCUCCGGCCCGAACUCCUGGAGCGAGCUGCGCCGCUCAAGGUCAAGCUCAGUGACAAUGGGCUGAAGGCCGGCCUGGGUCACAGCAAGUCCAAGGGCAGUUUGGACCGGCUGGACGAGAAGCCGCUGGACUUGGGGCCGCCGCUGCCCCCCAAGAUAGACGCCAGCACGUUUGGCAGCGACCUGCAGACACCGCGCCCGGGCAGUGCUGAGAGCGCCCUGUCAGUGAAGAGGACCAGCCCCCCGACGCCUGCCAUGUACAAGUUCCGGCCCGCCUUCUCCACGGGGCCCAAGUCGCCCUUCUGCAGGCCGAGUGAGCAGGUCCCAGGCCCCGACCCCCUGGCCCUGGGGGACGACAGCAUCCACAGCCUAGACUUUGUGUCUGAACCCAGCCUCGACCUCCCCGACUACGGGCCCGGCGGCCUCCACGCGGCCUACCCACCGUCCCCGCCACUCAGCGCCUCUGAUGCCUUCUCGGGUGCUUUGCGCUCUCUGAGCCUCAAGGCUGCAGGCCGGAGGGGCGGGGACCACAUGGCCUUGCAGCCCCUGCGCUCCGAGGGUGGGCCGCCCACGCCCCACCGCAGCCUCUUCACCCCCCAUGCGCUGCCCAACCGCAACGGCAGCCUCUCCUACGACAGCCUGCUCAACCCUGGCUCGCCGGGCGGCCACGCCUGCCCAGCCCACCCUUCGGUUGGCAUGGCCGGCUACCGCUCGCCCUACCUGCACCCUGCGGUGGCGGGUGACCCACCACGGCCCCCACCCCGCAGCUUCAGCCCCGUGCUGGGCCCCCGGCCACGGGAGCCUUCGCCCGUGCGCUACGACAACCUGUCCAGGACCAUCAUGGCGUCCAUACAGGAGCGCAAGGACAGGGAGGAGCGCGAGCGGCUGCUGCGCUCGCAGGCCGACUCACUCUUCGGAGACUCGGGCGUCUACGACGCGCCCAGCUCCUACAGCCUGCAGCAGGCCAGCGUGCUGUCCGAGGGCCCCUGCGGCCCCGUGCUGCACCACGGCUCCAGGGAUGACCUCGUGGCUGGGCCCAGCUUCGGAGGCGCCCGCAACCCCGCCCUGCAGACAUCGCUGUCCUCGCUGUCCAGCUCUGUGAGCCGGGCGCCGCGGACAUCCUCCUCCUCCUUGCAAGCUGACCAGGCCAACAGCAACGCCGUGGGGACCCGGCCUGGCAGUGGCUCGCACAGGUCGCCUGUGCGCCAGGGUCUGCCUUCCCCGCCUGGCACUCCCCGCUCACCUUCCUUCUCGGGCCCCAAGGCCGUCGCCUUCAUCCACACGGACCUCCCGGAGCCGCCGCCCUCGCUGGCCAUGCAGAGGGGGCGGAUCGGCACCUGCAGCCGCGGAUGGGGGCGGCGCGGCCCACCCAGGGUGCCCCCCGGGCUGCACCUGUGCCACAUUGGCCGCCCUGAGGACCGCCCACCACUGCGGGCCCCCUGGAGCCCAGCUGCCGGGGCACCCCCCCGCGGGGCCAUGUGCCGCCUGCACUUGGCCGCGUCCAGCCUUUUCCCCAGCCUCUCGGGCCCCUAGCAGGACACCAAGUAGACACCCAGCUGCAGACCCAGGAGGCCAGGCUGCCGCGGACCCUGGGGUGGGGCUGGGUGUGGCCUGGAAGUCUGUCCUCUACCAGCUGCAUCUUGACUGAGUCCCAGCCUGCUGGGGCCCGUGACCCUGUGUCCAUGUGACCUCAAGAAGUCCCCAACCUGCUGCAGGGGGUCCAACACCCCAAGAGGGCGGCCCUGGAGCUGCUGGGACCAGCAGGACCUCCACCCCAGCCUCCCUGCCCAAUAAGCACUUUAGACUAAGUCACUUCCUCCCUAGGGGGCUCAGGCCUCUGGGUUGGGCUGGGGGGAGUUCUCAGGUUGCCCCUGCAGGUCACUGCACUGCCCCCACCCUGUCCCCAGCACAUGAACAGAUGCCUUAACUUCCUGCAGCCGCCAGCCUGGUGAGCCACUGACCCCCUUGCCUGCCCGCCAAGUCCCCCUAGCCAGCUAUGCCACGGCCCCCUGGCCACCAGCACCCAGAGAUGAUGCACCUGGGAGCUCAGAGGGUCCGCAGUCCACAGCCCUGCAGCCCCCAGGCCAGUUUGGCCUGGAUGCCCUGGGGCAGGAUGGGGUGGUAUCCUGGCCAGCCCUUCUGCACAAGGUCCCUGUCCCCGGAGUCCACUCUGGGCAGGGCUCUAUUUCUCCCAUUUUGGGACAAGACAGCCACAAAGCUAUUCUCUAUUGUUCUAAAGGGUACCACCCCCAAUUCAUUUCCCCAAAUAAAAUUUUUGGUGUUUACCUCCA